GUCAAUUCCUCUUUGGAUUGGUUUAGGUGACGAGGCAACGACUGGAAGGGACGAAAGAGAAUCCAGCAUGUCUCUUGGAUUUGGAGAUGAGCGGAAACUAAGUCGAACUCCAAAAUGUGCGCGGUGCAGAAACCACGGUGUUGUUUCCUGCCUAAAGGGACACAAGCGUUUCUGCAGGUGGCGGGACUGUCAAUGCGGCAGCUGCCUGCUGGUGGUGGAGAGACAGCGCGUCAUGGCGGCGCAGGUGGCGCUCCGGAGACAGCAGGCGGCGGAGGAAAAGAACGUACUUGCUGGACGGCCGAUAUCAACGGAAAGAAAAGAGCUCUAUCAGAAACCCUCUCGACCCUCAAGCGUUUUGGCAAAACGUAUUCUACAAGGGUAUGGUCCAGUCCAGACAGGUCCCCUCAGAGGAGGGCCAGCAUUGUAUCCCGCUCUGAGUGAGCGCAUGAGGAAGAGGAGGGCUUUCGCAGACAGGGAGCUGGAGACAGUAAUGCUGGAGCGAGAGUGCACAGAAUGGGCCAUGCUGGAGUCCAGUCAGACAGCAGUAACAUCCAAAGACACAGGCCGUGCAGGACAGCACAGAGAGGGCCUCUCCUACAAGUCGGCCUGCUGUCCCUCACAGGUGGAGCUGCCACCCACAGACCUCUCUCGCUUCCUUCCCUCUUGUGUAUGCCUGUCCUCAUGCCACGGUGCCUCCAGGAGGUCCUCUGAUGUCCCCUGCUUGGCCCCCGCUGCAUGGCAAUGUCCCCUUGGGGCCCACUUCCCAGCCUGGCCCAGGGGCUCCAGCCUCAGUGGCCCACUGCUCUGCCCCCAGGGGCUUCAGUAUGCUGCCCCUGCCCACAACAUGAAACCCUGUCCUGGGUGGGAUGCCAGAACUGCAGCAGCCUCAGAGGGCCUUUUAACACACCAGGACAUGGUGACCACCAAACCAGGAGGCUCUCAGCUGUCUCUGAACACGCGUGACUUUCGGUGGAGAUGGGCAGAACCACAGGGAGGUUUGCCCCAGUGCUGCAAGGCCUUGUCAGCCAUUUCGUUACCUAAGAGAGGAUUCACGCCAGCGUUCCCCGGCGCCCUGUCACCUGGCAGCCCAGAACACGCCCUCCAUAAGUCAGGCAAAGAGGGCGCAAAGUCCUCAAACUCGAUGACACACUUUGAUUCUCUGCACUCCCUGAUCCAGCGGACCCUCGGUGAGAAGGCGGGUGUCGAAAUGAGAGGACCACACUGCAGGGACCUGUCUGAGGAGGACAGAGGGAAGCGCAGGGAACGGACAGGCAGAGACACCCACGGCCACAGCGGCUUGCACAGAGACACAGACAGCCUGACGUUUAAGAAAGCAGGAACAAAGCUGUCCUCCGGGGAGUCUUUAUCCUUUUCAGUUGAGUCGAUUCUAAGGAGACCCACAGCUUCUGUGAGUGGUGCGUGUCGGUAA